AUGAGCGUCGAUCCUAGUGCUUUUCCGAGGUCGGACUCUCCUGCAAGCUCCGACAGCUUGACGCGCAGAAAGGAACAAGGAUCCUUGAAGAAAGACAAGAACUACCGUCGAUAUGCGUCCAGUGUCGAGCGAGCGCUGUCCUUGUUCGACAAUGCUUUGCAAGAAUGGGCUGACUACAUUUCCUUUCUCAGUCGCCUGUUGAAGGCACUCCAAGCACACCCUCCCGACCAGCCAACCGUGCCCCAUAAGGUGGUCGUCGCGAAACGCCUGGCUCAAUGCAUGAACCCAUCGCUGCCCGCGGGCGUCCACCAGAAGGCUCUGGAAGUCUACACGUACAUCUUCGGACUCAUCAAGCUCGAAGGACUAUCGCAUGACCUGCCAUUGUAUUUCCCUGGCCUUGCACCCACACUGACCUUUGCGUCACUCACCGUUCGUCCGCUGUUUCUGUCAUUAGUGGAGGGAUACGUCGUUGACCUGGAGUUGUGGGCUAUCCGGCCGGCGCUGAAGUCUAUCCUGCUAGCGCUGCUGCCUGGCCUUGAGGAGGAGACGAGCGAUGAGUUCGAGCCAACACUACGCAUUAUCAACAAGCUUCGGGAUGUUGGUGGUCGCAUGGAAACACAGCGAACAGCAGACGCAGGGGCAUCUGGGCAGUACUUUUGGCAAUGUUUGUUCCUUGCGUCGAUCACGAACCCCAGUCGACGCUUAGGCAUACUGGCCUAUCUGAACCGCUACCUUCCGAGAUUGGGUAUUGCGGGCCGUCGCAAAAGUACAACUGACACGACCGAUGAGCAAAAGCUUCCGCCCGAAAUGCUUGCCGCUGCCGACGCCGUCAUUCUCCCGGAGCCGGGCCUGCUCAUUCGGUGCUUUGCGUCGGGUCUAUCUGACGAACAGAUCCUGGUUCAGCGCAAUUUUCUCGAUUUGCUUGUCACUCAUCUGCCCUUAAACUCCCCAAUCUUGCAAUCCAGAAUCCCCGAGGACGAUCUUCGAACCUUGAUCAUCGCUGGAGUAGGUGUGGUCGCCCGGCGAGACAUGAGCCUCAACCGGCGCCUCUGGGCCUGGUUCCUGGGACCUGACCCUGUGAAUGACCGCCCAUCGCUUGACGGCCGAAAGCCGUCAUCGGAUGCUGUUCAGAAUUCCUCUGAUGGCAAGGAGCUCUCACAAUCCGAAUACUUCAGUCGGGUCGGUCGGCAGCCAUUGGUUACCGGCCUUCUGGAUAUGAUCAAACAGGCAUCACCUGUCCCGUCAGAGCGGACCAAGCCCUUCAGGAUUGCUUUAUCGCUAAUGGACCGCUGGGAAAUCGGUGGAUACAUUGUUCCUGCGGUUUUCCUGCCGACUAUGCGGAACGUCCAAGCCUUUGAGAAGGAAGCACCCAGAGGCCAGUUUGAAGAUGUUUUCCGAAGUGCCAGUGCCUUUUUCGAUGGAGUUGAAAGCGGUGUUAUUUUCUCCGAGUUGCUGGAUUUGAUUGACUACCAGUCCAGUGAUGUGGAUGGUGACAACGAGAAAGUUGUGAACGACUUGAAUCUGGCUCAAUUCAUACUCGGGAACUUCAACGUGCGAGAAGAAGACAUGCUUCAAGUACAUGUUCCUAUGCUGACCUUGUCUGUCCUGGUCAAGAUGACCCAAAUCUCAUCUAUGCAGUCCGCGAGUCAUGCCAACAAACAGGCUGUGUCAGGAGCAUUGGCUAGUGUGUUAAACUCCCUGACUGGGCUGCUCACAGAUAGAGCAUUCUCGAGGAAAAUCAACUCCGAGAAGAACGUUGCCAGCAAUGGCACCUCGAAGAACCGGGGCGCCGACAUUUUGCACAAGAUCCAUCGCUUCUACGACCUCAGCAAGAACAAGAUGAUUCUUCGCGAAGCACAUGAACUGGCAGUCGCGGCGCUGGAACGCCAUGACGAUGUCUCCUCCCUCCACGAGAAGAUUAACAUCCUGGUAACCUUGCUCCAAAAAAUUCCGAAAUCUCGUGUGCUUCGAGAUCGGCGCUUUUAUGAGGCGCUAUCCGGGCGAAUGGAUAUUGGAAAGAGCAAACCAUCCACCGCUUCCUUUGCAACUAUCUCCACAAUCGCUUCGGCGAUAACCAGUUUGUAUUUCAUCCACACUCCUGGCUUCUAUAUCAGCUACGAAGACGCUUCUGAUCUUAUUCCCACCCUUGUCGGCUAUCUGUGGGAGUAUUUAUCGCCAAUGAGCCCGAAGUUCCAUGUUGAAGCUGUUCGAUGCCUGUGGCUCUUGCAUUCGCUAUCCUGGGUUGAUCAUCUUGUUGAGGCAUCUCUCACAUCUUUGAUGGUCAGCACGUCGCCGGCAGGAUCGUAUCAUCUCUCUUUGGAGGAACAAGCUGAACGGUUCUAUGUGCUUUGGAACCAUAGCCACAACAGCUCGCAUGACCAACCUCCAAAACAAGUGCUAGAAGUCGGGGGCACAUUGUUCUCUUACCAGUGCGCGAUGCUUGAACGUCCUCUUUUUAUUGUUCUUGAUCUGCUGUCCCAAGAACCAAGUGACGUCUCCCAGAGUGUCCAGCGUUGGCUUGGGGACUUAUCAUCCAUCUAUCGGGUGCUUCUUCUUGUUGUUUCGAAACUCGAGGAGCUUUUUGAGCGCGAUGGUCUUGACGACAGCGAUGGAGACAAUCAAACCAUCUCACCUGACGAUUACAAGGAAUGCAACUACUUCCUUCGAACGUCAUCGAAUAUACUUUCUGCGCUCUCGCAUAACGGAUGGGCUACGAUUCUUACUAAAAUGUUAGCUCAGGUGGAAAAGCGUUCGGAGAGCUCGAAACCAGAAGAUGGCAGCGAAAGAAAAACUCUUCACAGCGCUAUUUUUGAGAUCUCUCUCCGAAUAGUCAGCCGGCAGGCGCCCGAUCCGACCGAUCUGACUCCUGAAGGAGAGAAAUUGCAAAGGGAAGCUCUCCAUCUCAUGCGACAGCUACUCCUUGGCCCCGGAUCUGAAGAGUUGGCUGAUUCUGGCAUCGAUGAGCUUCUGGUUGAUCGCCUGCUGGUUGCCGCAGACGAGGGUGGCAGCGUUACUGUACAGGCGGCUAUUAUCGAUGCUCUCCUCGCUGCAUUGAAGGUGCGAUUUGCGCAGGCCUACUUGCCACCACCCCCGCCUCGGCCCAAACACCACAGAGCUGCUUCUCGGGAGCGCUUGACAAGUCCCUCUAUCCUAUCAUUUACAAGCGAUAAAGGAGAUAAAGGCCCGUCGCUGCCUCAGGUGCCUCAGCCUCCUGAACGCCUGCUGGAUUGCCUUUUGAAAGGUAUCAGUUCGAUGAAGUCCCGGGAGAUCGUGGACAAAUGGAUUGAGCUACUUUGCGAGGUGCUACCUUUGUACUCGGGCUCGAUAUUCCAGGUCAUGUUAAUGCUGGUAGCAUGCUUCUGCAGGGAAAUUCGCACAUCCCAUGGGAGACUCCAGCUUGCCUUUCAGCAGACAGAAGACUGGCCUCAGGACCACUCAGAACAUGUUACUAUCGCUUUGCUCACUGGUCUGGAGACUUGCAUUGCGAACGCCCACCAGCGGCUGCUACAUCAAGAGGCCAACGCUGCGGCCGUGAAAAGUCCUGAUCAACCGCCGGGCUUCUUCGGUAACAUGGUAUCUGGGGUAUUCAACUCGGACGGCGCUCAUGGUCGCUCUAAUGCUGCCAACGACCGACUGACCGUCCUGCUCUGUUUUCAAGAUGCCGUUCGCCUUUGCUUUGCCAUCUGGGAGUGGGGAGUAGGUGAUCGAAGUGGCUCCCCCGAUAUUGAGUCUAUUGCGUCUUACCAGUAUACCUCAUUGCGGAUGAGAAAUCGAGCACGGCGAAUUCUGGAGCAUUUCUUUGCUGCAGAGGCUCUUGAGUGUCUUGAGACGGUCGUUGAGAUGUGGACCAAGUCCGAUACCGAGACUGCGACGCUCAUCUUUAACCUACUUCAUACACUUGACGGAUCCCAACCGAAGAUCACCAUUCCUGCCGUCUUCAACGCGAUCUACACCCGCACCAACCCAGCCGCGCUGGAUGCGAGCCGCAAAUCCUCUCUGACUUCCAAUCUGUCCGAGUCUGAGCUCGCUAGUUUUCUGGUUGCAUACGCUCGCUCGUUGGACGAUGAUGUUCUCGAUGAGAUCUGGAGCGACUGCACAACCUUCCUGCGGGAUGUCCUUAGCAACCCCUUCCCGCAUCGCCAGAUUCUUCCUCGCUUGAUCGAAUUCGCUGCGAUUCUGGGAGCGAAGUUGGAGAAUACGACGUUUGGUGAAGAUCGCCGGAUGCGUAGGGAGCUCGGAGACGUACUGGUGCGACUACUCACAGCAGUCUUUACGAGCAAGCCCCUGGGUCUCAACCAGGAUGGUGGUCUUUUGGCCAGAUCGUCUUUGGACUACGAUCGGACUUCCGUUUCGCAUACUGGACCCGAUGAUAUGCUGAGCAUCCUGGCAUUUUCCAUGCCGUCUUUCAUCACCACGUUGGUCGAUUCGGAUCGCAUUAGCACUGCUAUCUCGAAUGUCUCGGCUAAUGUAAUUGGACCCCUAAUUCGGUCACGUCUGUUUCCCAACAACAUCAACCGGAAUGUCAUGGUCUUGUUGCAGCACAUGGCCAAAGCACCAUCUGCCACAAAGACGUGGAAAAAGGACAUCGCCGACGCAUUCAAUGACCCUCGAUUUUUCGGAUUUUCUGUCAACCUGGCCAAAGACAGCUGGAUGGACCUUCUGCGACAAUGGGUUCUCGUGGACAAAGACCGCAUGGCUGAAAUUCUAGGCCGCCUUCCACCACCCAGCGCCGCGGGCAUUAUGUUCGGCGUGGGGGCCUCUGCAGCUCGGCUAGAAGCCGAUCGUAAGGCGCAACUCAACCUCCGGCGUAUUGCGUUGCUGAUCCUCUCCGCCAAUAACGACUAUUUCGUUGGCGAGCUACCGAGUCUGCUCCAGAAGCUGGAAGAUCUUCUGGGUGCCAGCAGCUCCUCGUCGCCGUCAUCUGCUACCCGAGCAGAGGUGUUCAUGGUCCUUCGUGCUCUCGCGCUGAAGACCUCGUCAACCACUAUGGCACCUUUCUGGCCAUUGAUCAAUACCGAGCUACAGGAAGCCAUCGCGUCCGUACCCCAGGGGUCACAGUCAGAUCUUUAUAGCCCUUACUCCCUUUUGCAAGCAUCGAAACUGCUCGACACGCUCCUCGUCCUCGCCCCCGAUGACUUCCAGCUCCUCGAGUGGCUCUUUGUCACCGACACCAUCGAUGCCAUCUACCCACCCUCCCGCUGGGAUCCGGUCGCCCUGGCAGACGAGGUAUCACAAAGUCUCGGUCCCCGCGGCGGCGUCUCACCGACCGUUCCCAACGCCGGCGAGUCCACUGAGACCGGGUCGCGCGGCCUCAAGCAGCCGUGGCUGGUCUCAGAUCAGAUCCGUGACACCGCGAAAGAUGAGAUCGUCGAGCGGAUUCUGCGACCAUUUUUUGCCCGACUGAGCAUCCGUUUCUUCGAGAGUACGUAUGGACUGGAAGGACCAGACCUGGGCGUAUGCCGCGACGACCUCCUGGCGGACCUAUUCAACGAGAGCACGAUGGCAAACUAA